AUUCUCCGGGCUUCAUAAAUCUUUUAAACGUCCUUCGGCAAGCAUCGAUUAGAACGGUUAUCGGUUUUGAAACGUCGCUCAGUUCGUUAAGGUCCUUCGUUUGAAUCGGAAGCAACACUAUUCUCCGUUGAUAGCUCAAUGUCCCAUUGGAGAGGCAUCGGUCGGUUGUGAAAUAGUUGUGACUCUUAGCUAUUACUUGGAAUAUGGCCCUACAUCCGCUGUCUUACAAGGAUACGGCGAACAAAUCUCCGACGGUGCUCGGUAGUGUGACACCCGGCGGCACGAUCGCAUCCAAGGUCCCAUUCUCCAUUGAGGAUAUACUGUUUCAAAAUGGAUCCGUCACUCAAACGAAUAACAACAAUAACAUUAGUGCUAAUUUCAAUGUGAAAUCGGCCAAACCCCCAGGGUCUCCUUCUGGGUCGCAAGUGCUCGACAGUGGUAUUGGGGGUAGCAAUAGUAGAAGCAGCAGCAGUAAUAAUAGCAAUGCCUCGGCGGACUCCUGUGGAGGUCCCCGCAAAGUGCCCCAAUUCAGAGGUGGUGAUGCUAACGGAAACAGCUGCAACAAUAAUAGUAGUAAAUUUAGUGAUAGUAACGUGAUACGCAGUGAUAGCAAUAGAAACAAUAACCAUGGGCCAGCCGUAUUGAAUGGAUUAAGUGGAUGUGAAGAGGAUUACCGAAAGCCGUUGCCAACAGAAAGGUACAACAAACUUCCUCUGAACAAUCAAGGUGGUCCCCAACAAAGUGGUCCACCAGGGCCCCAGUUCAGCACCCCAAACCCGACUGUCAUCUAUCCAGGAGGACCGUAUGGCGAUCCAGGCUAUCUACAAAUGGCACUCGGUGCCUAUCUGGCUCCAUCGGCCAGUGGCUACAAAACAGUAGAUCCAUACUUUCUUUCCCAGGCGGGCCUUUUUGCCGGAUCUCCUUUGUUCCCGGGAGGUGGUUGUCCGGACAUAGCACUUGGCCUAGGCAUGGGAAUGAGCGCACUGAGGCACUGUCGGAGGCGGAAAGCACGAACCGUUUUCAGUGACCCCCAGCUGACCGGACUGGAGAAGCGAUUCGAAGCUCAACGAUAUUUAUCGACCCCCGAGCGAGUGGAGCUGGCGUCGGCUUUGGGUCUUAGUGAGACCCAAGUUAAGACGUGGUUUCAAAAUAGACGAAUGAAGCACAAAAAGCAGCUCCGGCGUCGAGAAAUCAAUAAUGCUGAACCAGUUGACUUCUCACGGAACGAGUCUACCAAUGGUGGAGCAUCCGGAACUGGCGGUCCGAAUGCAUCCAAUCAAUCAAUGUCCUCCGGAGUUACCGCCAACCGACUCAACUCCAGCGGAGCCAGCGAAAAAGCAUUUUCAGUCUACAAUAGCAAUAGCAACGGCGGCAACAGCAACAACCAUCUUCACCACCACCCACACGGUGGAAAACCGGGAAAACCACUGGGUCCGGCACCGCCACAAAUGGGAGGUAUCCUAAAAGGACUGCACGCCUCGGCAAACUCUUCGUUCAGCUUGGUACGGCGAGCUCCGAUCAAUGAGGGAGAUCUGCUCAGUGACGAGGACGAUGACUACGGUAAUGAUUCCGAAGACGAUUGCAGCGACGUGGAUAUUGUCGGGGACGAGAAAGGCUACAUGACGUAGAUGUAGACCAAUAGUCAAUUCAGUAUCAAAAAUACUAUCAUUAUCUAGUCCCCAAUCAAGGUUUGUUUAAUAGUGUUUUCUCUUGAAAAACAAUGUACAGCGAAACAGAAUCCAUUUUGUACAAAAACGAUCGUUAUUUGGUGUGAUCUCAGAUUAGCCAACUUUACUAUUUUUACGAUUGUAAAUUUCCAACCAGAUAAGAGUGGUGCCAUUGUAUAAAAUCUUCUGCAUGUAAAGAGAUCAGCUCUGAAAUUCUAAAAUAAACCAGUCACAACUUAGAGCCUA